UCUAAAUAUGUUGUCAGUUACUUGAGGAUUUCAUGUUAUGUUACUUAGUCUAAUCGUGAUAUUUGUUUCAGGACCUGUGUGGUUUUGUUGUCCAAUUAUACAUACAUACAUUACCUGAGCUCAUUGGGAAAAUAUGAAAAGAAUGCCUUGACUACUACUUUGUGUUAUGUAUACUAUUGGGGAGCAGGACUGAAUCCCAUUUGUACGCCCCUCAAACACCACAAGUGAUUUCCCAGCCAAUCCAAGCUUCAUGUGCCCCCCGCCUAUGUUAACAGUCACCAGAUAUAUUGUGCACAGCCUACUGAGAGUUAUAAAACACAUCUGCGCUGGACCCAAACUUACCAGAGCUAUGGUUACAUGCACACGCACACACACUCGCUUUCUCACAUUUCUCUCUCACACUCACAGAUUCUCUUUCUCACACUGACAAGAUGUUGAGGAGAGGAUGCUGCAACAUCAGUCCCAGUGGACUCUAGAUGAACUUCAGAACUCCCGUUCCUGAAUCAUUCUGCAUAAUCAAAAGUGACGCCAUGGAAACAGAAUCCACCUAUAACCUGACUGGACCCAGUGUGUCUUUGUUUCACCAUAAUAUGACAGGUUAUAAUAUGAACUCAUGUGACUACAUAUCCACCUCCACCUCGCAGUACCAGAAGAAAGUGAUCCCCACUUUCUACAGCCUCAUUUUCCUACUAGGUUUUCUUGGGAACAUGCUGGUGGUGUGCGUCUUGUAUCACAGUUCAGGACGAAGGACCGUAGCCAACACGUAUCUGAUGAAUCUAGCCAUGUCAGACUUACUGUUCCUGAGCUCUUUGCCAUUCUGGGCUGUGUACUAUUCGCUGGAUUACAACUGGGUUUUUGGGAAGGUUAUGUGUAAGCUGUGUGGAGGUCUGGUAACGAUAAACGUCUACGCUAGUAUAUUUUUCAUCACCUGUAUGAGUGUUGAUCGAUAUCACGCCAUCGUCUACCCACUGCACUCUCAGAGCAGUAGGAGCAUAAAUCAGGCCAGAUGUGUUAGCGGCAUCAUUUGGGUUGUGGCGGCUUUGACAACUUUGCCAACAGUUGUGUUCCGUGACAUACACAUUAUUUCCAGUAACAAUGUUACGGCUUGUGUAAUUUAUUUCCCCAGUUCCUACUGGCAAACCGGGUUAACUCUUGCGAAGAACACCCUCGGAUUCUUCCUGCCAUUUGUCAUCAUUGCGACCUGCUACAGCCGAAUCGCGGUGCACCUUCUGGCCACCCCAAACUACCUGGAGCAAGACUAUACCCGACUGGUCCAUGUGUUGCGUUUGGUGGUCGCAGUGGUGUUGGCGUUUUUCUUUUGCUGGUUCCCAUUCCACGUGCUGGCGUUCCUCGGAGCUCUGGGAGAGCUGGGUGUGGAGUGGGAUUGCUGGGUGCUUCAGGCGAUCCAUAAACUCCUGCCGUUAUUCCUCUGCCUCGGCUUUUCCAACUGUGCCAUAAACCCUUUCCUGUACUGUUUUGUGGGAAAUCACUUCAGAGAGAAGCUGUGGCAGUUUUACGGGGAUAUGUUGACGCAGAAAAGAGAUUCUAUCAGCACAAGACUGUCUUCCUUCUCCAGGAAACUGAGUGACCUUAAAGAAACUGUGCCUAUGGAGAUUCUUGAGCAGCAGAGCAGCCCGUAGUGGAAUCUAGUGAAGCUAUAACCUUUUAAAUACUGUUAUUACAACUGCAGUGGACACCGUGACAGUGUCAGUCAAGUGCUUUUCCAUGGACUGCCUCUUGUUUAGGAUGAUCAGUUCAGAUGUUGUUGUUGGUUGCUAUAAUUGUGGUUGUUUCACCGUGUCUUUUACUGUGCCUUAUUUCAAAUUACACAGUGGUUGUGAUUAGCACCAUCAUCUAUAAACAAACAUUUGGUUACAUAACAAUGUGUAGAAAUAUAGCCCACAUACUAUUCUUUGAUCAGAAUUUAUCCAGGAUGAGGAAUUUGCAGAUUUUUUGCACAAAUGAUAGAUAAAAAUAAAUAAAUAAAAGAAAAG